AUGACAGAGAAGACUGUUUCUCCAGUUCCCUGUCUUCGCUCUCACGACCUCUCACGUUUUCAACCACCUUUAAAAGAUCAAGUACCAGGAGAUGAGGAGAUUUUGCGUCUGGUUCAGCAAAUGCCAACUUUUCUCUAUCCCUAUGAAAGAACAGAGGCAGAGGAGGCGGAAGAAGGAGAGGAGGUAACGACGGCAGUCGCAACAAAGAAGGUGGGAUGCAAGUCCUCGUUCCGUCUUGUCGUUCCGCCCGACGUGGAUCCUCUCUCUGCGGCUCCCUUGGACCCCUUGUGGUUUGUCAAUAUCGUCGUCACUGUCACAGAUAGAAAUGGCUGUGUCAUCUACCAUGAGGCGCACUUUCCCAAGAACCCAUCUUUGCGGGAGGGUAUUAAGAACUUUGUCGAUGUACGCUGGGGUGACUUCGUCCAUCCUCCUGAUGCAGAUAUCUGGAGUCAGCAUUUGCUUGAAGCAUUUGCGGAGGCGGACCGAUGGCGCGCGGUCCGACUCGCAGCGAGUCAAUCCCCACCGCCGCCUCCGACGACUACUGAGAAUGGCAGUGGCAUCGGAGGCGGCAGUAGUAGUGGUGGAAGCGGAGAUCAGCAGCGGCGCCGGCGAGUGAGUUCGGGCGGUGGUGCAUCACAGCCACAACAACAAGUGGUCUCCACCACCAGUCGUCUGAGCCCGGAUAUAGCAGACUCAGCUACCGAAGAGGCGCUGCUACGGCGUUUUGUCCUCUCGCCCCUGUAUCGUGCUCGUUGGGGCGGCCUAAACGAUGUCUUUUACUUCCGCACUGUCAGUUUGCCCUUUCUACGAAAUCAGAGUGGCGGUGGUGGUAGUCUGGACGACAAAACUAUGGUCUCCAUCACCAAUGAGACUACCAAUGUCUUCUCGCCUACUUCAUCGUUUGAAAAUUUAUUGCUCCUCAGUUAUCACUGUAUUCUCGGGAAAGUUCCAGAGGACGCAUUGCUGGAAUCCGUGGGAACAGGCGAGACAACCGUUUUUGACGCGGUAACCCUCCGAGUGGCUCAAAAACCUACCGACCUCGCUCCUCUUAAGCAUACCAUUGCCUCUGCCUUUCCAGUCUCCGCCACCACCACCACUACCACCAGCACUACCACCUCCUCCACCUCUCCCAUGGCACACCUCGCGCGUGUCUUCUGCUUCGAUAACCUCCUUUCGGACUGCAGUGAAAGUGGUGGUGAUGCAAAGUCCUGGUCAGUCAGCCAAUCUGGAGAGUUUUGCUAUCAUCAUCACAAUAGUCGUUACCGUCAGCAAGGCCACCGGUCCACCGACCCAUAUCGGUUUUUCGAGCCGCCAAAAACGCAGCAGGACUCCUUUCCUGCAGGUUCAUGCCCCGCCUCCUACUCUAGCGCCCACUUAGCUCCCGUAGAUAUUGAUUGGAUUGACCAGUCUCAACCUCUUGGACAUCAACAUCAACAGAGGCAGCAGCAACAAUACUCAGGAAUGCCCCAGGUUACAUCAACAGUUGUUCCUGCACCCUCGACCACAUUGCCUGCAGUGGGUCAAAAGGAAAACACCAUGCCUACAGAGGAAUUUCAUCAGAGGCUUCAACAUCAGCGAUUUAAAGGUCCCACAAGCACCUCUGAGACUCCGAAAUCGCCUCCCCCUACCCGACCUUCUGAGUUGAGCAAGGCGACAACACAACACGAUCGAAUUUCCAUCUUUCUGAGCCUCCUUUUGCCCGAAGCAAUACGGGAGAUAAAAGAGGCUGUCUCAGCCGAGCCUGACAUGGUAGCACAACGGGUGCGUGCUAUUGUUACACGACAUCUGGGUCCGGAGAUCCUCUCCAAAUUCUUCUCCAACCCACAACAGCCCUCGUCCCCGACUACUAGCGUUGGUGCUGCUGCUCCGCCUCCUCCCUCCUUGCUGCCACCGCCACCAAUGCCAACUCAGUCUACUUCCUCAUCCACGGUGGCAUCGUCUGCUCGUAGAGCUGCGAUUAUCUCCACGGAAGGCACCUACAUUGAUGGAAAUAGCAGGGUUGCUUCAACCGCAGGAGGCUCAUCUCAACCGUCGGUGGCUCCACUGCUGUUGAAGGAAUCUCCCACAGGCGUGUUGCCACCGCAGCAGUCAAAGCGACCUUCCCUGGUCCAGGAGCUGUCUGUCACCUCCGACUCUGAUCCACCGCCACCACCAGUCUUUUACAGUUCUACCUCCGGGAAGAAUGACUUCUCUUCACUCUGUUCUGUUCCCUAUGGAGUGAGUUCGGCUCGAGUUCUUUGUUUCGAUGUUAUCCUCUCUUUCCAAAGCCUUUGUUUUGAGCGAUUUGUUUGUAUUGAUGACUCGUGUGGCUCGCAACAUCUUCGGAACUUUUGUUUAGCUGUUCAGCGUGAAAGGAAGUGGAAACGACGUGGAGGAGAGAGGAGCAAGGCAGAUGGGCAUGAGCGUCAGUAUAACGCUAAAGUGCGCUGGCCAUUUGAGAAGAGGCAACGUGACACAUGGGCACCGACACCGCUUCCCAUGCCACAUCAGUUGGCCUGUUGUCGGAGCAGUGAGACAGGUAGGCGACGAUGCGUUGUCGCUGACGAUGUUUAA